AUGAAAAUCGGAAUUCAUUGUCGUUUACUGCAAAUUGUGGUGAUGCUCUCUUAUUUCAGAGCUGUAAUUCCAGAUGCCAGGAACAAAUAUCACGAGCCUUUCUGUCUUCGCACGAAAUCAGCUUUUGGGCAAACUCAUUGUAGUUUUCUUAGAAGAUCAGCGGCGUUAGCGCCUCUUCUUUUUUACUGGACUAUUUGGACAACAGACAAACACAUUGAAAAGUGUUCGAUAAGCGCCGAGCCAGGUUUAAUUGAAAAUUACUUUACUUUGUGUCGUGAAAGGCGCACCUGGGAUUUAAAGGAAACGCAGUAUCUGAAUCUUAAUAUAAGUCAGCUUUUGGAGCCUAAUAGUCCAUGUGAAUUUCUACCGAAUACGCUUAGACACUUGAGGUGGAAUAGGAGGGACUUGGACCUGCUCCAUCAUUCUGGAGGCAAAAUUCGACAGAAGCGGGCUUGGAUAUUACCAGGGACAUUGUGGUGCGGCCUCGGAAGCAGGGCUGGGGACUACGAGCAGUUGGGGAUGUUUGAGCCUGUAGACAGAUGCUGCAGAGAGCAUGAUCACUGCAACCACAUCAUUCAGCCCUUCACUCUUAAUUUUGGGGUGUUCAAUCCUACCUUAUUCACCAUUUCACAUUGCGACUGUGACCACAGGUUUAAGCAAUGUCUUCUAGAUAUUAAUGGCACAGUAUCAAACAUGGUGGGAUACACUUUUUUCAAUAUCCUUAAGAUCCGCUGCUUUGAUCUUAUCAAGAAGAAAGGGUGCACAAAGAUAAACUGGUUUGGAAUGUGCACAUCAGUUGAGGUUGCCCCCUUUGCAAUCCUCAAAUAUCCCACACCAUACAAUGUUGUGAGUUCAAACCAUGAGAAAAUUGUCAUUACUGAGCAAUCAGUUUAUCAUGCAAAAUCAUCAAUUAAUAGCAAGAAAAUAAAUAUCAAACCUAAACAAAGAAAACGACCAGAAUCUCAAGGGAGAUAUGUUCAUCUAACACAUUUAAGACGGGAUGCAUUGAAGUUGAGUGAAAAGUUGAAGCACCAAUAUGGUACAAGCAAGACAGCCUUAACGAGAACUACAACUCUGUCUUCAGUUUGGAAUACCACAACACACCUCAGCUCUCUCACAACCCAUAAUUCCAAGUUGGUUCAUCAGAAGACGCAAACAGUUAAUCAGAACAGAUCUGAACUAUGCCCAACAAUUUCCACUCAUGAACGCAUGACAGGAUCACAGCGAUGCCAUGAUCAAAAACCACUUAUAAAUCAAUUUUCAAAGAAAAAGUCUACACAUAGGAGAAAGAUGUCCGCAUCUCAAAGCCACACCACUGCAAAACAAAAUGACACAAUCCAAAGUUCUAAACCUCUGAGGGCAAAGAUCAAUUGUCUUUCUAUUGGGCCUCCAAGAGGUGAUAACCUCAAGCUAAAACAACAAAGAGGAAAAUAUUGCAAGGGAUACAGUGCAUCGAAACAUAAAUUAAAUACAACUAUAUCUCCAAAGUUUUCAACCUCAUCUCUGGCAAAAAUCAGAGGGAAGAAAUCAAAGGAAAAAAAUCAGAAGCAAAAAAUUAAAGUGAGCUAUCCAUUUAACAUUAGCACAUUUGUAGAAAUAAAAAACAAACUAACGUACGUCACCAAAGUUUCUAAAACCAGGAAGCCAUCUUCGGCAAAACCUCUAGUGCAGAAGUCCAUGUCCAUUCUAAAAGAAAACAUGGUAUUUGCAACUGAAACAACAGGAACACCAAACUCCUCUGUUUGGAAUAUCACCAUCUUCACUUCUGAAGAUUUUAAACCAACAGAAUCUCCAUCAAUAUGUGAUGCAGCUAGAUACUUGGAUGACUGCAAGUGCAGAAUCCGUCCCAUGGAGAAGAUAUAUGGACAUUAUAACACAGAGUCAAGAACAAUUUAUCAUUGUGACUGCAUACACAAAUUGACCAGUCAUUUAAAACAACUUAAGAAAAUCAAGAAAGUCAAGUUUUUUCUUGCAAAAUUUGUAUCCCUGUCUUGCAUUGAAAUACCAAAUAUCAAAGAAUGCAACAAACACACAGGUUGUCCUGCUGUCCUCACCAAGGUGACAGAACUAGAGUCAACGUUUGUGAAUAAAGAAGAUGAAGUUACAGCAAAAGAUGAAAGAAAGUCUGCAACUAAAAGAGCUUCUGAUCAACUUUACAAACAUUGCCUUGGGAUUUUUUAUCCUAGAAACCCACUUGUUGGAAAUGGUCUAUCUUGA